UGACUGUAGAAAGUAAUGAAGAUGGAGGGUUUGAUGUUGUUGAAAUAUUUAGGAGAUUUAUGGAGUAAUUGAUAGCCAUUUACCUGUCGUGUCGAAUCGAUAUCGGACGCCGAAAGCAAGAAAUUGCAAGAUAGUAUGAUAGUAGAGGUGGUCCUACAUCAGAUGAGGGAAUAUGUUGGCUAUGGACCAAGGAGUGGUGGAGGAAUGGCUGUCAGAGUUUAAGACCCUCCCAGACAGUGCUGUGUCCAGCUACUCCGCGUCUCUGAAGGAGAAAGGCUCCCUCGUCCCUGCGCUCUACAAAGUCAUCAGAGAGAACUACAGUGACCUGCUGGAGUCUGUGUGUCACCAGCUGUUUGAGUUCUACCGUAGCGGGGAGCCCCGUCUCCAGCGCUUCACCCUGCAGUUCCUCCCCGAGCUGCUGUGGAGCCUGCUGUCCGUCAGCGCCGCCCGCCACCCCCACACCUCCGGCUGCAUAGAGGCCCUGCUGCUGGGCAUCUACAACCUGGAGAUAGUAGACAAAGAUGGACAGAGCAAAGUCCUCUCCUUCGCUAUCCCCGCCCUCUCCAAGCCUUCAGUAUACCAUGAGCCUUCCACCAUUGGCUCUCUGGCCUUGACGGAAGGCGCUCUAGCCAACCAUGGUCUUAGCAGGGUGGUGUACAGUGGGCCCCACCUACAGAGAGAGACCUUCACUGCUCAGAACAGGUUUGAGGUGCUGACCUUCCUGUUGCUGUGUUACAAUGCAGCACUCAGUUACAUGACCUCUUCCUCCCUGCAGUCACUCUGCCAGCUCAGCUCCAGGGUGUGUAUCUGCGGUUACCCUCGGCAACAGCUACGCCGCUACAAAGGCAUCAGUGCCCGAAUGACUGUGACAUCAGAGUUCCUGGUCCAGCUCAUCACGGGAAUACACUACGCUCUGUGUAAUGGGGAGGCUGACGUGGGUUCUAAGGCACUGGAUGACGUUCUGUACAGAGCUCAGUUGGAACUGUUCCCUGAGGCACUGCUGGUGGGCAACGCCAUCAAGUCAUCCCUGCAUGGGGCGGCGUUGAAGAGCAACAAGGAGGGGGCUCGCAGCAUCCAGGUGGACAUCACCCCCACCUCCUCACGCAUUUCCCGCAACGCCGUCACCUCGCUGUCCAUCAGGGGGCACCGGUGGAAGAGACACGACGCAGUGGAUCUGGGUUCCCCGGACGAGCUGAUGGAGAUCUCUGAAGUGGACGAGGGGGUGUGGCCGGGUGGGGCUGGGCCUGACCUGACUCCACCCACCAUCACCGUGAGCAACAGUGUACCCUCGGCAACACCCGGGGGAAAGGCCAAUAAGAGAAACCGAUUGGGCGGGCGAGCCAGUAAGGAUAAGGAGGCGUGUCCCUCCAUGGGGCGGGCGGCAAGCGAGAGUGUGGAGCUGUCAUUCAAACGUCUGACGCUGACCUCCAGCCAAUCGGUGCCCAAGGCAGGGGCUCUCAGUAACCUGACACGUACAGCCAGCGCCGUCUUCUCACGCUCCUUCGAGCACGCUGGCGGCAAUGCCCCCCCUCCUGGUAACCACGCCAUUGAGACUGGGCGCUACUCAUGUAGUUUGCAGGAGGAGGGGCUAGGGUAUUUAACCCCCGUCCCCAACCAUGCACAGCGCUCUCCUAGCAUCAGUGUGCACCUCGGCAGUGACCUUUGAGUCCCCUCCUCUUGGAACGACAUCGCCCCAGACCCUGUACCUGUGACCUGGAACUAGCCUGCCCAUAGGACUAGAUCACUAACAACACACACCAUACACCUUUCCUCGUCCAACUUUUAUUCCUCCUCCCCCUUCUCAGUUAUACACUCCAGGCCACCAUCCACCACUCCCUCUCCAGCCCAGGAGUUCUCUUUACUCCUGUCAUCCCCACAUUGAGGGUGUCUUCAAGGCCUGCUGGAGAAUGGUGACUGGCAUGGACAACCUACUCCUGGAACUACAGACUUACUGCCAUCUGGUGAUGUGUUGACAAAACUGCAGCUCGUUGAAUCCCUGCCCAGCCGUCUUUGUGUGUGUGUGUCUGUGUGUGCGCAUCACUAAAACUGUGUCCGCGAGGAUUUGGAAAUGUAAUAUUUUAAUUGAAUCUUGUUGUCCUGCUUGGCUUUCCAUGCAUCCCCCCUGACUACGCCCCUUAUGAUGGGGCAGACACUGUAUGUACUGUGUGUGUGUGUGUUUUUAGUGUGCAUGGCUGUUUUUAAGAAUAAAGGCUGCUGAUUGAUACAAGAUAUGAUUCUCCUGAACAGAAGUGAACUAUUUUAAUUACAAUAACCCUCCGUGAACUGUGCCCGCCCUCGUCCUCCCAUCCUGUGUUCCUGUUGCUAUGGCAAUUACCUGCUUCUUCAUUCAGUGACUCUUAAAUGAGCAAAUGUCUCAUACAAGGAUAUGUCAUGAUUGUUUACAGUAGGAAAAUGUUGAUGUCGUUCUGUGAAAGCAAUAUGUUUCUCUGUCUUUCCCACACCCUCCCCCUGGCACCUUCUGAUUGGCUGUCCACCCAUAAUGACCUUUGGAGGAAUUGAUUUUUAUUUUUUUACUUGAUUUGGGAUCUAUAUAAUGUUUUGUGUGAUGUGUAAACUGUGGACCUUUUUGUAUGAAAGAGAGAGACUGGUUGACUUGUGUUUUUUAAAUCUGUGGUAUUUUGAAAAAGCAAAGAAUGCUUUGAGCUGUGAUAUUUUCCCAGAAAUGGAGAGAGCGUUGUGUUUUCUGGCAGUAUUAACACUCCCACGUACAGUGUUGAAAGAGCUUAAUAGCCUCUGCUUGACACAGCCCUCACGCCAAAGUAGCAAGGCAACACCAAGAUCCCAGAUCAAUCCAUAUGCUCCUACCCCACCUCCAAAACCACUGCAGAUCUCACAGCAGGAGAAAGCAAUAUGGCUGGUGUUCAGCUGUUCUUCAAAAGAACAAGGUGAAGAGUUCACUAUAUUUCUAACACCAAGCCAACCAUUUACAGAUCUUUACCUGUUGAUUGGGGGGGGGGGGGGGGGGCAGUUUGAGGUUAUGCAUCCUGAUUUCUCCAAUCCACUCCUUUUUUAGGUGUUAGUACAAGUGAUAUUAGUAGUGAUAUUGUGUUUGUAUGUCUGUCAGAUCCACCACCUGCUUGGCUCCCCUCCUUAUUGACAGAACCGAUCUGUAGGACAGACAGAGCACUGUGGAACUCUACUGUAAGACAACUCCUUCAAACAUUCAGUGUUCUAAAAGAUCUAUCUACAGCUCCACAAGCCCACUGUCCCAGAGAAAGUGUGUUCCUUAAUUAUAUAAGUGUUUUUAGAACUGUUUUAUAUCUAAGAGGAACAAAUAACAAUCAUCAUGUUUCUGUAUGUUGGUUUACAGAAUGUGAAAAUAGGCUGGUGAGUUGUACAUACUGUUGUACUAAAGUUGUUGGUUUAUUGGCCUUUUUGUCUGAAGACCUCUUGCUAGAACUUCUGGGAAUAAAGUGUUUCUAUAUUUCA